UGGUCCCUAAUGUACCAAAUUAUGCCUGAGUGAAUCAUGAGUUAAGGGAAAGAGGUCCGAUGAACAUGGGAUUAUCGCGAGGCUAGGAUUGCUAGGACCAGAAUGUUGUUUCCCUGUAUUCCACUUCCAUGAGAUUUAAGGGACACUCACUAGAAUUUUGUCGGGAGUGAAAUGUGUUGCUGUGUCGCAGUGAUUUAGUGUGUAAAUUUAGUAUUUGGCGUCGAAUUAUUUAUCAAAAUAUAAUGAAGAUCCUGUUGUGAUUAUUUUCAGUGAAUUAUGAUACAUGUUUUCCGAUAAGAGUGGAUUAUUAUGGCCAUGCAGAAUAUUAGCCCCUUCAUUGCCGCUAGUGAUACUCUAGAAGGUGCAAGCAGUAACAAUGCCCGUGUCAAACAAGAGCCUCCCGAUGAGGCUGAGAUCCGGGAACUGGCAGCAAAGAUAUCUGAAGCUAAUAAGGCUAAAAUGGCGCAGGCGCAGGCUACUCAAAAUGCACGUGCUGCCAAUGCUGCUAACCUUGCCAAUGGCCAGGGGAUCGCUAGUUACUUUCCCAAAGUCACACCCCAAAAUAAGUUGGCAGCGACUCAGCCUACUGCAGCUGUAGAAGCUCCUGUUACGCCUGCGAAGAAGACGGAAAAUGUUCCAAUUGAUGAAAGCAGUAGAAAAGGUCAGUUUGGUUGGACGACUCUAGGAAAAGCUGAUCUACCAUACAUUCUCCGGAAUGGUGAAAAAUACAUUGCUGUGCAAAUGGUUGAAACCAAAUUGUUAGACGUUUACUUAAACUAUCUUCAUAGAGAUAUUUAUAGCUGUACGAGCAUUCCUAGUUAUUAUGUGACCGAAAUUGAGUCUAAACUUCUUCGAGAAAUAAAUGAAAGGCAUUGCGAUUUCUAUUAUGGAAAAGAAAUGUUUACUGUGAAAGAUUUAGUUGUUAAAUAUGAAGAUGCUAAAGAAUUUUACACUUUCCUAGACUUUUGUUAUCAUAAAUUGACAAACAAACAAAAUCCAAACUCAGCAGUUAAAGACAAGUGCGGGUUUAUUCGGAUAAAUGGAGAGUCGGUUGUUCCUUUUACUGUCAAAGAUGACCAAAAAUUUGUGCCCCUCUUUUACUUCGAAGGUGAAACGGAUAAUCUAAAAUUAAAGUCUGAAAAAUUAGAAAAUUGGGAUUUAGCCUAUUUAAAAUUUUGCUGCAAAGUGCAAGGCAUUCGGAAUGAAUUGUUUGCCAGUGAAACGUGUUCUGUGAUUAGUCUGACAAAUAUAAAAUCAUAUUUUCCAACGGGAACAACAUUUGAAGCCUACUGGCCAACUAAAGUCGUCGAUUCACAAUUGAUAGUCAGCACGCAAAGGCCAAACAGUAUGGCGGGAAGUGGUUCUUCGUGGAUCAAAGCACCGCCCGGAGGAGUUCCUGUAAUACCUAGUGCUGUUACCUCUGUGAUGCAAAGAAUGCCCUCUGGUCAACAAGUUCCUAUGAAUGGGUGGAAUGCCCAAGCAGCUGCACCUGCUUAUCAAGCCGCUCAAGUCACAAGGAUGGCUCAACCGGUAAUACAUCAACAAAUUGGUGGCACAGUAGUGACACCAAAUGAUAGAAAUUUUGUGACAGCACCAGUCAGACCUGCUGCCAGAACUCAUCAAGCUAAUCAGUAUUAUUUAUCUCAUCAACAAGCAGCAAAUCCCACUCUGACGAGAGUUGUUGGUUCAACUGUUUCUGGGAAUGCCACGUAUGUGACUAGUAAUCAACAAUAUGCCAUGCAGUAUGCUAUGCAAGGUAUUCCAAAGUCAGUAGCAAAUGCUAAUGCUAGCCAGUUAGUGUCUAAUGCCAAGUAUCCCCCUCCUCUAAUACCUGUAAAUGGUGCGGCUCAGCCGAGUGGAGGCGGUGGUACCAACAUGAGCAGUCAACGAUUUGCUAAUCACCCUAACCCAAAUGUAAGAACAAAUCCUGAGAUAAUAGAUCUUUCGUCACCGCAACAGAGCCCACUGCCAGCCCAGAGGAAUGUCUACAGUAAAGCAAAUGGAGCUGCCACAGGAAAUGGCCAUAUAGCGAAUAGGGUAUCAGACUCAAAUCAAUACAAAAAACUGAUACCAAUCAGCGAAUUUCAACAAGAAAACAACUCGCAUUUCCCGUACAAGUUACAAAAAGUCUACGUCAAUGGACAGAUGGUGCAAGCAAUCAAUGCCAAGCCGUAUGUCUCCGAUGAGCAGUUGAUCACUCUGCAAGAUCUAAUAGCUGCAUUUUUUCCUAGUGUACCAGUCAACAAACUCCGUGAAGUACUGCAAGAUGUGCUGAAAGUGAAUCUCUUCAGAGGAAAUGCGUUGCAGCAUCAUGUCCUGCGUGAAAACAAUAAGUGCAAACCAAAUGAAAUCGUUCCUCUGGUCCAGCUUGGAGACAUUUUGACAUACAUGCCACAAUUAAAUUACAUGUUCGCAUCCAGGCAAGCCAGUAUAGAGGAGCCAACUUCGAAAAGACAGCGCACUAGCUAGCUAGCGGUUUGGCCAACUCCGAGCAAUAUUUGUACUUCCGAAGAUUGUUACUCAUUGAAAAGAGACCAUUCAGCAAGCGUCUGUUUGAAGCUUCACCCAACAUCUGCAAGUCCGUUUGGUGGUCUGAACUUGGACUUCUGCGAUUUCCGAGCGUACGAAAAGAGUGUUAAGUCCAACUGGUUUGCAGACCACAAGAGUGCCUUAACGGUAUUUGGCACUGCUGAUGUAAAGCCCGACUGGACCAAACUGUCUGCUUUUAGUGCUCCCGCAGUACAACCGGAUUCUUUUUUAUUUUAUUGAUUUGGUUUCAGUUUUUCCCAGAUUACCUCAGACGUCUAAAUGGUGUAACAGCUCCAAUUUUUCUUUGACCUAUUAUCAAUCUCCAUGUGUGAACAGUAUUCAUACUCGGACUUUAGCAACAGACAAAUUAAGUCUCCAUCAUGAUGAGUACCAACAGACAAUCAAGGCCUCAGUUGUAAUGAAGCCUUCCAAGAACCAUUAUUUCCCCUCACAAACUCUUUUCCAUGAACAUUGAAAUGAGACAAAAGCUUUCCUGAGUUUCCCUCAAAUUUUCACACACUCCAAAUGCUCAUUCCAUUCUGUCGUGUAUUGAAUCGAAGAAUUCACAAAUAAGUAGGAACUAGACUUGUGAACUUGUUCCCAGAUAUUUUGCAUAGACAAGUUUUCAAGGUUUCUUUAUUUAUUAUUAUUAUUCUCAACUUUGCCGUGAGUGUAAGCACUCCAUUGUACCCUUUUGACGUCUGAGGUAAUCUGUGAUGUUUUGAAGGUACUUUUGCUGGAAAGAGCCUCCCAUUAUGAACCCUGGUUUUUGUGAUAUUAUUUAUUUUAUUUUAAUUUAUUGAAUGGUGCUGUAAUUAUUUUGUACCGUUGGCGAUGUUUCCUUCUAGUUUCGAAGAAUAGUUCGGUUAUAUCCCCCCCCCCUCCCCCAACAGUGCAUUCUUAUUAUGCCCAUUAAACUUCCACCCAAUCAACACUGACAUGAUGUCAUAGUGAGAACCUCCGUCAAACGCAUUAGAAUGGGUGGCACAAUGGAAUCUCCUGUAGAGUAAUUUUUUUAGGCAUUAGUUCGUAUAAUUGCAAAAACUCCAUUUCACCUUCAGAAUCUGGUAAGAUUUCCAUUUGCUGCAUUUUUCCCCCCCCUUAUGAGAAUGCUCUGAAGAUAAACUGUUUUUUAUUGCUCAAGAUCAUUUCAAGUUAUUUUUUUCUUCUCUUAAGCUGGUUUUUUUUUUAUUUAAUUUUUUUUUUUUUUUGCUAACUAUGACACCCUUUUUUUUACUCAACUGCUGAUUAGUUGAGUAGAUGCUCAACAUUGACUGACCUAUAGUCGGCGGUGAGUUUUUAUUGGGUGUAUUUGGUUUCUCUAAAGACCCAAGGAACAGCCCAAGUAAUAUUUUUGAUCUGCUAAUAACAAACUCAAGAGGGACUGAAGGGUCUUAUAAUUUUUUCCAGACCAGUCAUUAUCUUGACCUCCCCAACUUUGAGAUGAGGAAUGAGCAUUUAUUCUUCAUUGUCCAUUUUUCCCCAACUUAAACAUUUGUGAAACUGUGAGCUGUUCUUAAUUCACUCUCGCUGAAUUGAAUAAGAAAAAGAAAGCAAAUCAGCCAUCAAUGAUACUAAAAUUGCAUUUGUCAUAAAUUCUAAUGCACUUAAUCAAAGAAGCUUGUAACGUUUUGAUAAUCAAUUCUCAAAAAAGAUGGCAGAUUUAAUUUAGUGCGCAUUUUACCAUAAGGUCGUUGUUAUGGUUAAAUUUUCCAGAACUUGAUGGAAAUUCGUUCUGCUUUUGAUUUUGAUUUUUUAAAUUUUUUUUCCCAUCAUCCUUCAUUCUGUUCUGUGUCCAUUUAUCUUGCCAGAGGUGAAUGAAGCCUCAUAGUUAAAUUGAACAUAUAAGGAUUCUUAUUUUGUGCGGGAACAGAAGUUUAACAAUACUUGAGACAUUUAUUUAAAAUUUUUAUUCGUUCCUCUCAGAAUUUAAAAAGAAUUUUAGAUAAUUUUUAUCAUUAUCUACUCCUUGAUUCACUCUUAAUGAACAAAAAAAUGAAUUCAUCUAAAAAUCGUGGAAAGAAAUUCAACUGGGGCUGUGAAAGCUUGGUUUUUUGAGUUUGAGCCAAGUUUGAGUAUUUUUUUCACUGUUUCGAGUUUUUUCGAGCUUUGAAAAUGACCCUUGAGCUAAGUCGAGCUAGAGUCAAUUUCGAAUAACUUUAUGUUUUAACAUGUGAUUUUACCAUCAAAAAAUGCUGGCAAAACUAAGAAUAGUAAUAGUAUGAUUAAAAUCUCUAGGAGUUGGACUCUGUCAGCGUUUUCAGCUCCAAAAAGCUCAAAGCACUCGGAAAAAACUCGAGUUAUUGGCAGUUGAGUCGAGUUUGAGUAUUCGCUUGAACCUAACCUAACUUUCGAGCUAAGUUGAGCACUCGAUACUCGGCUCAACUCGACUUGAAAUUCGACUGCUGGCACAGCCCUAUAUUUAACAUAACCCGUUUUUAUUCCUAUAUUUUGCUCAGAGAAUAUCUCAGCUCACAAAAUGACUCAUAUCUGUAAUUUUUAAAGUAACCUCUGCCUGUUAAAAUUUGGGUCUGAUAAGAAAGAAGAAAUGGUCGGGUAUAUGAGUUAGACGUUUUAUUAUGAUCUGUUCAAACCAAAAUUUGAAGAUCCAAUGACAUUCAAGUUAUAAUAAUUUAAGGUUCACCUUUCAUUUGUUUAGUAAAUUUUUUUCUAAGAAGACUGGUUGAAAAAUUAGCCUUUUACAGCAUGUCCCUUAACCUAAACUAACCCAUUUUUUCUAGAUAUUUCGGUGUUCUUUAUCAUCUUGCAAUCUUCCCUAUAUUGUAUCACAGCAGUAACAAGGUACACUCUACUACAGGUAUGGACAAACAGGGUGCCUAAGUGGCAGCGCUGAGAAUCUAGGCCAUUGAGUGAAGUCGCAAGUCAGACCGUCUUUGCCGUGCAGUUCAAAGUUAGGUUCUGGCAGAUCCUGGUAGUUUCAAUUAGCUAUCAGAUGAAUUUAAAAAAAUGAUAAAACUCCAAAUAACGAAAAACUUAACUGAGAACACGAAAAAAUAUAACGAUAUUGACGAGACCCACUCUCAGAAUAAAAAAUAAACGAGUUUUCAAUAUGGUGUCGCAGUCGUACCAUUGGGUGCUGUCAAAUCUACGUGUUUUGAUGAUGCUCUAAAAUUCCAUUCGUCCAGACCUGUAGUAGAGUGUACCUUGCAGCAGUAAUCUCAAAUUUAGGUGCAGUUCGCGCUAUAGAGUUGCAAACGAGUGCAGCAGAACUAAUAAUACAAGCCAGGUAUCCCUGAUAAUACCAAAUUUCAUAAUUUUCUUUCAGCGGUUUUUAAUCGCUUGUCAGAUCUCAUGUUUCUCAGUGCUGAUGUAAGCCAAAUCUGCUAUUAUCCUCAAGGCAAAGUUCUUAGAUUUUAUAUGUUGUAAAACUUGAAUACCCGAAGUUUUCCCCCAAACUUUUUACGGUCUUUGAUUGGUUUAUCUUAGGAUCAACCUGUCCUACAAUCAAAGCCAAUCUGCAUUGGUCAGUCAUUCCCAUAUACGAGUUUUGAGUUCUGUGCCUUGGUGCAAGAAAGUUAAAUGCAUAUUUUUUCUAGUGAAAGGAGCCCAUCCUAUUUUAUACGAGCUGCGGGGGAGUGAACUCGAAAAACACAAACGGUGACUGACCUGAGUGGAUUAGUCUUACCCAGAACUUGAUCAUAAAUCCCAACCUGAAAAGUUCUUGUCAACUAUUGAUAUUGUAACUUUAAGUAACCUUAACUUUGCUUUCCACAAGCUUUAAUGGGAAACUUUGAAAAUGAACUCUAAUAAGACUGAGGUAUGCCCUCUCAGAAGAGAUGUAUCCCUUGAUAUGGAAGAAGAUACUACAAAUUGCCCAACAUCCAGGAGGGAGGGCUUUUGCAGUUUCUUAAUACGUCCCCAAAUUUCUCUAAAAUUUUUUGUAUCUGAUAUGCAUUGUUUUGAGGAUUGACUAUAUCAUCUACUCACUGUAACUCUGUUAUCAUUGAUUAAAGAAGUUCUUUUUGUUUCAAGUGCAACAGAAAUCUGAAGUUGUAAAGCGUAAUUCAAUCAUUUGUUUUUCGAAAACCAGCUAUAUACUUCAACCACUCUCAUUCUGUAAAAUCUCAGUUGAAAUAAUCUAAAUUCCCUCACAUUUUUGUGUUUGUUUAAUGUCCGUACGGAUGUCUUAAUCUCUUCUCCUGCUCCCUUCAUAUUGUUAGGGAGCGUGUCUUGCACCUUAAAAUUUUUUAAUUGGAAUUAAUGAGGAAACCUUACUUAUAACCAUCAAACAGCCAAAGCCAAGUUUUCAACCAAUCUUCUCUCCUUCAUCAUUUUUAUUUUUUACCAUCAACUUUUUUAAGGAAAAUGAAUUUUUUUUCUUUUUUUGACCAAGUCCUGCUAACUAACGUUGACUAGUAACAUUUUAAUUUUUUAUUUGUUUAUUUUCUUCUUCUGUUUUUUUUGCCCUCUAAUAGUGAUUUGAAAUUGUGUUUUAAACUCUGGAAUCAUGUCUUCAGGGUGACCCAGUAUUUUGACAUGAAAAUUAUAAUUGAAUAACUCCGUUAGGUAGUACUUGUUGUAUCAAAUUCCUUCACUCAUUUCGAAAAUAGGUAUGUAGUAAUAAUUAAUUAUGCAUCGUUUUGUACAGUAUGUAAGUAGUGUAAAUGUGGAAUCUGUACAGUUUUUGUUUUUAUUUUAAAUUAUUAGUACCUUUUUUUUGUGUCACACACAAAUUUCUUCUACUUUGUAAUUUAUUUUGUUAACAAAUAUAUUUCUAUUUUUUGUAA